AUGUCAUCGCGAGUACUACUCUCACAGAUAUGGCCCUUUGCAUGGCCCGGAACCUCGUCAGCCGCAUCAACCACAUCAACCUCUCUGCUACUCGACUCCAAGUUAACCACAGACAAGAACGCCUCAUCUGGAACCACUCCCUCCUUCGUCGACGUCGUCACAUCCAAGGGCUUCAGAUGGAUCGUCUCUUGCAUUCUCGCCGCUCUCGUCUUUCUCAGUCUUCUCUCCAACGGGGAACACAUCUUCACAAGGUCCCCGAUACCCAUAUCAGAACCUCAACGCCCGGGGAGCCGGACAAUACUCUCUCACUCCCACCGCCUGGAUGGUCCUGACGACGUCGACUGGUCGCGCUUCGCCUACGUCCAGUACGUCACAAACAGCGUCUAUCUCUGCAACGCCGUCAUGAUCUUCGAAAGCCUACAUCGCCUCCAGAGCAAAGCCGACCGGCUCAUGAUGUAUCCUGCCUCGAUGAUGUCCCCGGACGCCACGGUGAGCUCCUCAGACGACCAGAGGCUUCUUAUCAAGGCCCGUGACGAGUACGGCGUCAAGCUUGCUCCCAUCCAAGUGCAACACAGAGAUGGGUUUGACGACACAUGGUCCGACUCGUUCACAAAACUCCUAGCCUUCAACCAAACCCAAUACGACCGCGUCCUCUCCCUCGACUCCGACUCCACCAUCCUCCAACCCAUGGACGAGCUCUUCCUCCUCCCCCCGUGUCCCAUCGCCAUGCCUCGCGCCUACUGGCUCUUCCCGGGGAAGCCGAUCCUGUCCUCGCAGAUCAUGCUCAUCACCCCCUCGGCCGACGAGUUCGCCCGCGUCCAGCGCAGAAUCGACUCCGCCGCCCCGGACGACUACGACAUGGAGAUCGUCAACUCCCUCUACAAGGACACCGCCCUCGUGCUCCCCCACCGGCCCUACGACCUGCUGACCGCCGAGUUCCGCCGCGACGCCGACCAUCACGUCCCGUACCUCGGCUCCGACACGGAAGCCUGGGACGCCGUCGCCGUGUUCAACGAGGCCAAGUUUCUGCAUUUCUCCGAUUGGCCUGUUCCCAAGCCGUGGUUGGCUACGCCGGAGCAGUUGAGGAGGGAGAGGGAGCCUACAUGCAUGGGUAAGGAUGACGAGGAGGGACAGGAGUGUAGUGAGAAGAUUCUGUGGAACAAAUGUUAUACUGAUUUCAGGGAAAGGCGCAAGCGGGUUUGUGGCAAGGGAACAUCCCGUCAAGGCCGCAGGUAG